AUGGAGUUAAAGGACAAACAACAACGAUCACCACGUCAGGCACGGGUGGACGAAAGAGUAAAGCCUGUCGCCAGACCAAAAGAGAAGAUUCAGCAGCAGCAAUCAGAGGAGGGGGAGGUGGCUGAGGAGUCCGCCUCCAUCCCCACAGAUCUGGGCAACUGGAUCAGAAAUAAUGCUAAAGAGUUAAAGAUCCGGCUGACAGACCGUCGCUUGGCUGCUGAGGUGGUCAACGAUUUUCGUGAGAAUCUGCUGAAAUUCCUUAACAAUGAACACCCUGUAUUCAAGUCAGCAGAGUGCCUCAACGCCGGCAGCUACUUUGAGAAAGUUAAGAUCCACAUGCCUGAUGAGUUUGACAUGAUGCUGACGUUUCCAGGCAGUCCAAACCUACGCCUCAACCCGACGAAGCUCGACGGGGGUCUCUUCUACCGGCUCGAUCUCACCCGGCCCACUCGACAACCCAUUAAGGCUUUUCUUCUGGAGAACAACCUCACCCUCUCGUCGAGCAAGGUCCUGAAUGAGAUGCAUCGCCUGGUCCGCAAAUUCCUCAAGACCUACAAAGUGCCCGAUGAACGCUUUCGCUGGGAGGUGAACAGGAAGCGCGUGCACUCUCCGGCUGUCACUUUGUCUCUCUUCAAAACUGACGAGAACAGCGAGGAGCUGAUCUCCGUGGACGUGGUUCCUGCGCUCGAGGUAAUCACUGAAUCUAUUCAAAGUUGGCCGGCUGCGGUUCGUAAUGGCCCAGAUGUAUCCAACUGGCUGGGAAAGAAAGCUCUUCAAGACAUCCGAGGUUUGCCGUGUUAUUUUGUACCGAAGAGGCAGAAAGGACGAAAACUCAGCGAAGACGCCAAAGAGAGCUGGAGGAUCUCUUUCUCUCACAUUGAGAAGAAAAUCAUCACGUCUCAUGGCAACAAGAAAACCUGCUGUGAGAGUCAUGCCACCAAAUGCUGCCGAAAGCAGUGCUUAAUGCUCCUCAAAUCUCUGAUUGAGGGUCUAAAACAACGUUUUCCAGAAGAGCUGGAUGACCUCUGUUCGUACCAUGGGAAGACCACCUUCCUGCACACCCUGUCCACCAGGUACGAUGAUGCCAAAUGGAACCCUCGGGACCUUCCUGUCUGCUUCCUGUAUCUUGUCCGGGCACUGGAGGACUACGCGAGCAGAGGCAACCUCCCUCACUUCUUUGUCCCCGAAUGCAACCUCUUCUCGUCGUCCUCCUUCUCUCGUAAAGCUCUGGCUUUCCUCGUCAAUGCCCUGAAGGAGCAGAGGAGGGACGGCCUGCCCCUUUUGAAGCCUCCAGCUCUGGUGUCACCUCUGAUGCCCAGGGAAGAUUUAGAUGAAACCUGCAAUGAGACUUUUGAGGAAAGGUCCUUCAUACUGGUUCACUCUGUGGACGCAGCACUGAUGAAUAAACUGGGUGUAGCAUUUGCUGUCGUGGUGGGUUUUGCCUUCUAUAUCCUGUUCAAGUAA